CGCAGAACGAAUGCAAAUUAACCGACCUCUUCAAAUCCCCAAAAAACUAAACCGAACGUGCGCUUCAGUUGCACUCGAAGCGCGCUACGAUCCACAACAUGGCCCACCUCAGCAAGUACUUCUACGAAGCCACGGCUGGCAAAACGUGCCGCGACCUUUGCCACCCGCAGUACGCAUCCUGUUGGACGGCACUGGCGGUGAAUGUGUUCAGUCUGCUGCCGGGCAGCUACAAGCUGUUCUUCCCACUGUUGGCGAUUCCUCCAUUGAUCAAGGGCGGCGGAUACACGCGGCAGUACUGGCGGGAUCACACCCUUAGCUACAGCGAAAUUUCCUUCAAAACGUAUCUGAUCGCGGUGAUGGGACUGAGCAUGCAUUGCUGCUUCUAUAAAAUAUUCGGUCGCCAUAAAUACUACUGGAUAAUGGGAGCAACCGGAUUUUUUAGCGCAACCAUCAUUUCAUUCUACCUAUCGCGUCCUCAUCUGCGAUUGCAAGGAAUUACCUACUUCAAUAUGAUGUUGGAAGUCAUCCUGAAAAAGAGUAAAAUUCGACUGGUCCAGGUUCUACGGGAGUCAAAGCUAUGUGCAACGAUAAUGUUUAUGGUUUUCAACACCAGAAUUAUGGAGAUCCUGCAGCACGGAGCGGUGAACCAAUUUUGGAUGAUGCAUCCGGCAAAGAUUCGGGAUACAGAUCUGAGUUCCGUAGACGACAGCUGUGUCAUGAAGUGUAUCUAUCCGUGCGGAUACAAGGCAUGCUCGCAUGAGCGAUCCUGCGAUGCAUACAUCUUAGAUGGCGUCCUAAAAUACUCUUUCGUGGGAUUCACCAUCGAGUUUGCCCGGGCAGUGAUCGCCAAGUUUCCACUCCUGUACAAACAACCGAACCGCUUCCUACCGGGCUUGCGACGAAUUCUCAGCUUCAAACUAAUGUUCUUUCUGGCCGCCUACAUCGGCAUCUACCGAGUGACGGGAUGCCUUCUGUGUCGUCACCACGGCCGCGAUCAUCCCAUGCACAAUCGAGUUGCUGCCUUCCUGAGUGGAGCAUCGUAUUUCAUCUAUCCCAAGUACCAGGUGUUUACGCUGGCGUUCACCAAAUUUGUCGAGAUGUCCUGGGACCACUGGUUCAAAACGACGGAACCACUUCCGGAGUGGGCAACCCGCGUCAAGCGGAUCCCGUUUCUGCAGCUUGCGUACAUGAUUGGGGUCGGCUACAUGUACCACGCGCUGUUUUUCCACGCUCACCUCUCGCCACCGUUCAACAACAAGGCGCUGAACUACUGCUCCGGCAAUCGCAUCGAGAACAUGAAGCGACGCAUAGUCGGCUGGAUGCUUGAGACCGAGUGGAGUAAAGUUUGAAUGCAAAUUAUGCGAAAUAGAAUGGAAAGCGGGCAAAUACAUAUUAUUUUAUGUUGUUCUAAAUUUAUUGAAAUACAUUAUAAA